AUGGUUCAAAGAGCAUCUCCUUAUGUUUCAUUAACUCUGUUAACAGUCGUAUGCACCUUUUGUUGUACCUCUGGAGCAAGAGUGCUGCAGGUAGUUCCAGGUGCCUCGAUAAAUCAUGGGGAGCAAGGUAAUGGUGGUGUUAGUGCAAUGCGUAAUGUACCAGGUGGCCCUGACCCAAUCCAUAAUGGAGUUGAAUUUGGUGUCCAAGACAUUGAUGCUACGCGCACAGUUGGAAGUGGUCCAGAACCAAUACAACACAGUGGUGGUUUUAUUGAUAUAAACGAUGUUGGUGCAAUGCGUAAGGUACCAAGUGGCCCUGACCCAAUCCAUAAUGGUGUUGAAUUUGGUGUCCAAGACAUUGAUGUUGGUUUUAUUGAUAGAAAUGAUGUUGAGACAAUGCGUUUAGUCCCACAAGGCCCAAAUCGAAUACACACUCCUGAUCAAAAUGCUAAUGAUGGAAUGGUUUAA